GGUGGUGCAUAAGAAGGCACGGCACUCUGCCGUGCCCAGCGGCACGGUAGACGAGCCGGUUCCGCCUCAUCCCAUCCUCUCCGCCGCCGACGCAUCCGCCGCCGCCGAUCCAAGGCAAGCAUGGUAGGUAGCCAACCAGGCGAAAGCAACGGCGGUGCCAUGGAUUCCAUCCUUACCGUUGCCGGACAGAUGAAGCAGUUGCCUGCGUACGCUAUUAGCCUGUUCCGCGACUACGACGUCAAGGGCGUCGCGGCCGCGUUGGCCGAAGUUGUAAAUUUCUCGUACGAGGUACAGAUGGAAGUCUUCACUAAAGCUCUGGAACAGUCCAAGUAUUCUGGUGCCAUUGGAGCAUUCCCCAACGAAGGCAAGGCCAAGGACGAGGAAGAGGAUGAUGGGGUGGAUGAAGAUGAGGAGGGCGUGGUGGAUGAAGAUGAGGAGGGCGUGGUGGAUGAAGAUGAGGAGGGCGUGGUGGAUGAAGAUGAGGAGGACUGUGAAGGUGAAGAUGAUGAGAUACUGACGCCUGCUACUGAUGGACAGCUUCAAGUCCCUUAUGAAGGCGAACGAGAGCGCAAGAAGCCAAGACUAGCAGAAGGCUUUGGGCGCCAGGCUGAGGCUGACGUUUAGUCAGUAAUGAUUUAUGUGGUCCGUUGAUUGAAGCAACAAGAGGCAUUUCGACAGUGACUGCGUUGUUGUUUCCCCUGUAGAUGUCUU